CUCCAACCCAACAAUCACAACCCCCAAAACCCCAAAAUGUCAACCCCCAACCCCCCACCAAGCGCAACGUACGUGUCAUCGCACUCCGAAACAUACCUAGCCGCCGCUAACCAAGCCCCCCUAGUGUCUACGCGCGCAACCUCGAAGAGCGCAUCAAAGUCGAGCAGCUCAAAGAAGCGCUCUCCGAGCUCUUCAGCGAAUACGGCGAGAUCGUCGAGAUCGUCGCCAAGACGAAUUUGAAAGCCAAAGGACAGGCGUUCAUUGUGUUCGAUGGGGCAGAGAGUGCGCAGAAGGCGAUUGAUGAGGUGCAGGGCUUUGAGCUGUUUGGGAAGGAGAUGCAGUUGGCGUUUGCGAGGACGAGGAGUGAUGCGACGGUCAAGCGGAUGGGGAAUGAGGUGGAAUUUGAGAGUCAUAAACGGAGGCGGUUGGCGGAGAAGGGUAGGUUUAUUCUUUAUUUUUUUGGAGGAGAUAUGAGGAUGCUGACGGAAUUCCUGCGACAGACAAGAAAAAGGCCGCCGAACUCGCAGAAUCCCAAAAACUCCCCAAGCGUCCUGGAGUCCCUGGCGCGGCACCAGAUACGGCCGCCCGCCCCAUCAAAGCUACUCGUGGUGCUGGUCUCAAGUCUUCGAAUCCCGCUGGCGCGGCGGUUAUUCCCGACGAAUACCUACCGCCGAAUAAGAUUCUUUUCGUGCAGAACUUGCCGGAUGAGUAUGAGGUGGAGGCAUUGACUGCUAUUUUCGGACGCUUCGAGGGAUUCCGAGAAGUGCGUUUGGUUCCUGCGAGGAGGGGUCUGGCUUUCGUGGAGUAUGAAAGUGAAACGGGGGCUAUUAGUGCUAAGGAGAAUACGGCGGGUAUGGCGUUGGGAGCUGCUCAGCAGAUUAUCAAGGUUACAUACCAAAGACAAUAA